AUGGUGGAGAAUGCCCAGAACCUGCUCUCCCUGGGGCUUCCAGUUCCCAGAGAAGAUGUGAUCUAUUUUGAGCAAAGGGAAGCACCAUGGAUGCUGGAGCAAGAAGACCUGAAGAGCUGCUGUCCAGAAGGAGAGAUCAGACUUGAAGUGAAGGAGACUCCUGCAGAGUUAAGCCUUUCUGUGGAAGAAAGUCAGGAGCAAAGAUUCCUGGGGGAUGGUCCCUGUGACUUCACUUGGACAGAAAUCUGUUCGCUUCAUCUGGGAAUCCACACUGGGGAGAAAACUUAUGAAUGUAAUCAGUGCAGAAAGAGUUUUAGACAGAGGGCCCAUCUUACCAAACAUCAGAGAAUCCACACUGGAGAGAAACCUCAUGAAUGUAAUCAGUGCAGAAAGAGUUUUAGACAGAGGGCCCAUCUUACCAAACAUCAGAGAAUCCACACUGGAGAGAAACCUUAUGAAUGUAAGCAGUGUGGGAAAGUCUUUACACUGAGGGCCUGUCUUAUGGAACAUCAGAGAAUCCACACUGGAGAGAAACCUUAUGCUUGUAAUCAGUGUGGGAAGGCCUUUACACUGAGGGCCUGUCUUACCAAACAUCAGAGAAUCCACACUGGAGAGAAACCUUAUGAAUGUAAUCAGUGCAGAAAGAGUUUUAGACAGAGGGCCCAUCUUACCAAACACCAGAGAAUCCACACUGGAGAGAAACCUUAUGAAUGUAUUCAGUGUGGAAAGGCUUUUAGAGUCAGCUCCAGUCUAGCUGAACAUCAGAGUAUCCACACUGGAGAAAAACCUUAUGAAUGUAAUCAGUGUGGGAAGGCCUUUACACUGAGGUCCUCUCUUACCAAACAUCAGAGAAUACACACUGGAGAGAAACCUUAUGAAUGUAAUCAAUGUGGAAAGGGUUUUAGACAGAGGGCCCAUCUUACCAAACAUCAGAGAAUCCACACUGGAGAGAAACCUUAUGAAUGUAAGCAGUGUGGGAAAGCCUUUACACUGAGGGCCUGUCUUAUGGAACAUCAGAGAAUCCACACUGGAGAGAAACCUUAUGAAUGUAAUCAGUGUGGGAAGGCCUUUACACUGAGGGCCUGUCUUACCAAACAUCAGAGAAUCCACACUGGAGACAAAACUUAUGAAUGUAUUCAGUGUGGAAAGGCUUUUAGAGUCAGCUCCAGUCUAGCUGAACAUCAGAGAAUCCACACUGGAGAAAAACCUUAUGAAUGUAAUCAGUGUGGGAAGGGUUUUAGACAGAGGGUCCAUCUUACCAUACAUCAGAGAAUUCACACUGGAGAGGAACCUUUUGUACUGUUAAUGGAAUAG